AUGAGCUCGAACGCCGGCGAGAAGGGUGUUGUGAAUGGAUCGACCUCUCCAUCUCCAUCGGGCGGUCGGGUUUCCCCGUCGGAUCACUUCUCGACAAAUAUCAAUGAUUUGCGGAAAAAACGAGAGAAAUCGUGUACUCGAACGAUGGCUGUGCUGUGCUCGGUGCUGGCCACAGUGUUCCUCUUCUCGACGAUCGCUCUCGCCAUUGUGAUCGGAGUACAAUCGACAAAGGGUGACAACAAAGAAAUUGCCAGCGAGUACUCGGGUCGUCGUUCUCGUUUGGAUUGGCCAUUUCCAUCAGGCUCUCUUCACGCGCAUUAUCGACGAGCCGCCGUCGCCGCCGAUCAUGGAUUAUGCUCAGAAGCUGGAAGAGACGUUUUAAUGGAAAGCGGAAAUGCUGUCGAUUCGAUGAUCGCCACUCUGUUGUGUGUUGGUGUGGUGAAUCCACAAUCAUCGGGAUUGGGUGGAGGAUUUCUGAUGACAUUGUAUAAUAGCUCAACCGGUCGUUGCAUUAGCAUCAACGCUAGGGAAACUGCUCCAGCCGCAGCUCACAAGAACAUGUUUGUCACCAAUGCAAACGAAUCAUCCACUGGUUACCGAUCAAUUGCUGUGCCGUCAGAGUUGCACGGUUUUUGGACGACUUUCACGCGUUUCGGAUCGGGAAAGGUAACUUGGCAACGCCUCUUCCAACCAGCCAUCAAAUUAGCGAGAAACGGAUUUCCCGUGUCGGCGAAUUUAGCCCUGAUUCUCUCGGAUAAAGAACAAGAAAUACUCGAUGAACCAACUAUGAAAUCAAUUUUCGUCAACUCGGAUACCGGUCGCGUUUAUGAGGAAGGCGAUAUCAUGAAGAGAGGACGGCUGGCUGACACGUUGAGGGAACUCUCCGAGGCAGCCGAUCCGAUCGAUCUCUUCUAUCGAGGCGGUUUCGCGCAAACGAUCGUCACCGAAAUCAAGGACAAAGGUGGAAUCAUCACUCUCCAAGAUCUCGCGAACUACAAGACUGACGUCGACGAGACGCCAAUCGAGAGCGAAGAGUUGCCCGGAGAGUUGGCAAUGUGUGGACCGCCACCGCCGAGCUCGUUUGUCAUCACACAGAGUAUCAUCGCCGUAAUGGCCGAAUUCUACGCGCAUCAGAACGUUGAUUUGGACGAUCCGUUGGUGUAUCACCGGUUGAUCGAGGCUGAGAAAUUCGCUUAUGCUCAGCGCACGAAACUCGGCGAUAUCGCUUUCGUGCAAUCGGCCAACGAACUCGUUAGGAACAUGACGCAAAAGCAUUACAUCAAGAAGAUUAAAUCGAUGAUUACCGACGGAUCACACGAAAGGAGUUAUUAUUUGGGUGACAACACAACACAGCCACCAGAUCACGGAACAUCACAUGUAUCAAUUGUGGAUGCGUCUGGGAAUGCCGUCUCCACCACUUCGACCAUCAAUCUUUACUUCGGCUCAAUGCGCGCCUCGCCAACACUUGGAAUUAUUUGGAAUGACGAGAUGGACGAUUUCUCCACUCCAGGACAAUCAAACGCUUUCGGUUUUGCCGCCUCUGAAACGAAUUUCAUCGAGCCAGGGAAACGGCCGAUGUCCUCGAUGAGCCCGGCUGUGAUUUACAAUAAAAAUGAUAAUCAGGUUCGAAUGGUUGUCGGUGCCUCGGGCGGAUCAUUCAUCAUCUCAACCGUCGCUCAAACCGUCAUCCGAACGCUGCUCUUCAAUCAAACGAUAAAGGAAGCCGUCGACGCUCCCCGAAUUCACAAUCAGUAUUUACCGCAUCGCACUGAUUUCGAGCAUUCGUUUCCAAAGGUGAUCAUCGACAAAUUGAGAUCUCAAUACGGCCAAACGAUGAACCCGGUGGUGAAACAGAAAUCAGUGGCCCAGGCGCUGGAGGUCCUAGACGACGGCUUCGUGCACGGGAAUAGCGAUUUCCGUCGAGCCACCUCCACCUAUCCAGCUGGAUAC